GGGGCCGCCCCGCCUCUUAGUCGGCGGCAGCUGCUGCUGCGGGGCCGCCGCCGUGGGCAGCAGCCAUGCCGCGCUCGCUGAAGGAGGAGACGGCGCUGCUGCUGGAGGAUUACUUCCAGCACCGCGGCGGCGGCGCCGCGCUGCCCCCCAGCCCCACGGCGGCCGCGCUGCGGCGGGCGGCGGCCGAGCUGGAGCGGCAGGAGCGGCCCUUCUUCCGCUCCUGCGCGCCGCUGGCGCGGGCCGAGCCGCGGGAGGCGGCCGCGCUGCUCGGAAGGGUGGCGGCGCAGCUGGAGGCCGACGGCGGCCUCAACUGGGGCCGGCUGCUGGCGCUCGUGGUGUUCGCCGGCACGCUGGCGGCCGCACUGGCCGAGCGGGGCUGCGGCGACGGGCCGCGCUGCCUGGCCGCCCACCUGGCCGCAUACCUGGCCGAGGAGCGCGGCGACUGGCUGGAGGCGCACGGCGGAUGGGAUGGCUUCUGUCGCUUCUUCGGCAGGCAGGGCUCGGAGGCGGCCGAGCAGAGCAGCACCAUCGGCAAUGCCAUCAUGGCAGCGGCGGCGGGCAUCGGUAUGGCAGGACUGGCUUUUCUCUUGGUGCGGUAGGCCCACGCACGGACCUUGCCGUGGGAAAGUACUCUCAAAACUGACAGUUUACCAGAUUUCACUUUAUUUUCUAUAGCACAGACACUCUAAGAAAAAGUCUAUAUUUUUAAACUGCCUCAGAAAACUGCCUCAGCAAAUCCUUGGCUAUAAACUGCUUCACUCGCUACCCAGUAACAGCACAGACAAAUGUGUACUAGAGCACUAUUUGUACAUGUUCAAGACCUGUUGUCUCCAAACAUCCUCUGGACUUUCUUUUUUGAAGGUGUAACCUAAACUUUAGCAUGGUUCAUGUACUGUAACUUCUGAGUGCUUGGUGUUAUGCUAGGAAAAAAAACAUUAUGGUGAGCUUGCUACUAAACCCUCUGUUCAAGAUGUCUUAUUUACGUGGAGGCAAGUCUUGGAACCUGCGUUCAUUAAUGCUGUAAAGUGGGCAUACAUUGACUGUGAUCUAACGUGGUUUAUGGCUUCAAACGUGGUGCACAGCACUUGUAGUCAAAAUGCAACUCAUUUGUUGAUUUACGUGCCUGUGAUGCAAGAAGCAUUAGGGCUUAAUGUAACAUAAGGCUGAAUUCAUUACACUACAGGAAGGUAAGUAUUGAUACAGGACAGUAAUGGCUGCAGUACUGGUUCCUACUGAAAGGAAGAGAAUUUAAAUAUUAAACCUUAAUUGGUAUAUUGAAAUCCAGUGAAGGCUGGAAUUUCUCUGGAUUUCCCUUACAAAGUGAGAAUUUCCAUAUAUCUUAAUAUAUUUUUGAAAUAUUUAUCACUGUAUAAUACUUGUAGCCAUGACAUCUUUAUUUUUGUUUAAAACUUAAUGCUGAUUCUUGUCACUCUAGUGUGUAUCAAGCAUUGUCUUGUUUGAGUAAUAUUUCACUCUGUUUUCAAAAUGCUGUGUAUUUCUUUCAAUGUUUGUACAAAUUGCCUUAUGUUUCUGGUAGCUUUUUAAUAAUGUUUUCGGGUUAUUCACAAUGUGUACAAUUUUACUAUGGUGACUUAAAUAAAUGUUAAGUAUUUUUAUUUUAAAAA